AUGCCAGUCAAGCUUGAGGUCUUGCAGACAGUGGCCAGGACGCUCCCGAGCAUAGGUGAAACUGCGAAACCUGCAUUGGCUCGAAGGUGGUAUGCCACCCAUACGACCUCAGGCCGUGAUGGCAAGCCUACCAGGCGAGCAAUUUCCAUAACAUCUGACGAUGGUCGCUACGCCUGGUCGGAACUCAGUCGUGGUGAGAAGGCAGCGAGAACAACUCAGCAGUCUUUCAACUUCGUGUUUGUCACUGCCGGAGCUAUCGGCACAAUCUGUGUUGGCUACCUCCUCUAUCAGGAACUCUUCGCUGCAGACUCCAAGACAGUCCAAUUCAAUCGGGCCGUGGAUCGCAUCAAGGCCGACCCUAGAUGUCGCGAGAUGCUGGGACCUUCGAACAAAAUGGUCUUUCAUGGCGAACCGACUACCAGUAAAUGGGCAAGAUCAAGGCCUCUGGCUCAUUCUCUCGAGGUAGACAGGUUUGGCACUACACACUUCAGGAUGCACUUCUACGCCGAGGGUACCGAAGCCCGUGGCACUGUCAAUAUUCACAUGACCAAAAAGAGCGACGCGACUGAGUUACAGUAUCGUCUGCUUAGUGUGUCGGUUCCAGGCAAGGAGACCAUCUACCUCGAGAACGCGGAUGCAAAAUCUCCCAAGACGAAAGUCGCCAAAAUGUUCGGUGUGCAAUGGAAGUAA